UUGUGUGUUUUGCCAUUGCACGAAGUUGCAAAGCGAGUGAUAUUUUGUUUCAAUUUGGCACCUGCCAGGUGGCAGAAAGCAUCUCUGGUUUUAUUUGGGUUCCAGGAGUAUUUGGAUCGCCGAAGCGUCUGCUUUGGUGGAUUAUUUGGAAUUUUGUUUGCUUAAUAUUUUCGGGAGGUUCGGAUUCAAGGUCAUUCUGUGGAAUUCUGCGUGUUUGUGUUUUUUUUCUUUCGUGGAAUUUGCGAGGGGUUAUUUUCUUCGAAGGGUAAACCAACCACGAUUUUACCAAUCGUCUUAUUUUUUAGUAAAUCCAUUUAUAAAUGGAUGGUAAAAUGAAGCAGAGCCGGAGAUCCAGGUCACAAAGGGACCAGGUAAGGAGAAGGGAGUCUGCCAGCACGGAUGCCCGCAAUCAGAGUCCUUCCUCCGGCUCUGACAGGGACAAGAGUCCCGGCAGGGAACACGCUUCACAAAAUGGGAAAAAAACUCAAAACGUGUCUGCCUCUGUCCGUGCCCCCCGGCCCCCGAGGAGAAAGAGAAGGGAAUCCGGCUCUCAAGAAGAGGUUAUUAUUGAUGGGUUUGCCAUAUCCAGCUUUAUCACGCUGGAUUUCUUGGAGAAGGACCUCGCUCUCAAGGCCCAGGAGCGGCUGGCUGGGAAGAAGCGGAGGGGGCUGGAGAACGGGGUGACUGCGGAGCCAGCGCAGAACGGACACCUCGACGGAUACAGGAGCUCGGAGAGAGAGCAGGACCGGGGCAAGAAGAAAGUGCCGCUGAAGAAAUCCAAGCAGAUGAAGGGAUGCUUGACCCAGACCAGCAAGAACACCGAGGAAGACCCUCUGCAGGAGCUCACAGGACCCCAUCUGAGUGAGAGUUCCACUCACUGCUUUUCAGGACACGGCUACUCGUGUGACAGCGAAAGCGAUGUCGAUGACAAGGCGUCUGAUGUAGGAUCAGAGAAGCUCUUCUCCCCCACACUAAGUAAAGGUCUGAACUCGAAUGAAAAUCUUGAAUCGAAGACAUCAAGCUCGACCAAAGUCUCUGGGCUCCAGCGUAGCCAGGAGCAGAGCACCGAGGUUCCCUUUGUGCCUCCUGCACCCAGCCCAAUCCUUGCCUCCCCUCCCGCUGCAUCCCCACUGCCUCCUGCCGCCACUGCUGCUGCCACCAGCACUGCGGCUCCCCAGCCCAGCACCAGAGUCCGCAGCCCGCCUCCGCCCGUGAAGAAGGCAGCAGCUGUCCGACUGCCAACCCCAGCCCCACUGCCCGCCCAAUCACAACCUCAGACAGAGCUCCGAGCACCGCCCCCUCAGGUCCACGCCCCGCCCAUAUUCAACCACCAAGUGCAUCACCAGCUGCAACAUUACAACAGUCUUAACAAUAUCAGCAGAAGCAGCAGCGCGAGCAGUGCGGCCAGCGCCAGCCUCCCGAAACAGCACCUCCCCCCCUCCCCCCACUUCAUUGGCCACCCCUCGUCCAACCCCUCGCUGCCGCUGUCCAUUGCCAGCCUCGCUACCUCGCACUAUUCGCUGCGACCACCGCCACACCACCAUCCGGCCAUGUUCGCAACCCCAGCUACACUGCCACCACCUCCAACCUUACCAACAAACAGUCUCGUGGUCCCAGGGCACCCCUCGGGGGCCGGCUUUCCAGAGCAUGGCCUGCUGCGGCAAGAGCUGAACAACCGCUUCCUGGUUCAGAGUUCAGAGCGGAGCGGCGCAGCAACCUCCCUGUCUCUCCUGAGAGCCGAGUUUCACCAACACCAGCACACGCACCAGCACCAACACACUCACCGACACACCUUCACGCCCAUUCCCGCCAGCAUUGCUCCGCCCACUGCGCCGCCCGUGCUGCCUCCCCCCCCCCGAAAUUUCGAUAAGUACGCUCCCAAACUAGACAACCCAUUCUUGCGGCACUCGAGUUUCUACCCAUCGUACCCGCAAACCAUGACCGGAAUGCCUCCCCUGCUCCCCCAUACAGGUCCUUUCAGCUCUCCCCAUGGAGCCUUCCAGCCUUCCAAGGCCUCGAACCCUCUGGAUGUAGCGGGUCGACCGGGCAGCGUGCCCCACACACUCCUGCAGAAGGACCCGAGGGUAUCGGAUCCCUACAGAACACCUGUCAGAAAACCUGGUAAAUGGUGCGCUGUUCACGUGCAAAUCGCCUGGCAAAUCUAUCACCACCAGCAGAAAAUGAAGCAGAUGCAGGUGGAGCCUCACAAACUGGACAUGAAUGGGAAGCUGGACCUGUUCAGCCGGCCCCCAGCCCCGGGCGUCUUCCCAGGAUUCCCCUACCCCCACGACCUGGCCAGACCCCUCUUCUCCUCCACAGGACCGGGUCACAUGGCGGCUUCUCCUUAUGGACACGCCCCCCACCACAGCAGCUUCCUGCCUACCGGCCACCUGGCAGGUAAGUAUCCUUUCAGUCGCUCCAGUAGCUUUGGCAGCCUUGGCAGCCUCGGAACCAGUGCCUUCGGAGGAUUAGGCAACCCCUCGAUUGCUCCCAGCUCUGUUUUUGGACACAAAGAAGGCCACGGCCUACCUGGCUUCAGCAGCCCCCACCAUGACACGUGGAACCGCCUCCACCGGGCCCCGCCCUCCUUCCCCACCCCACCACAGUGGCCAAAGGCAGCCGACGUGGAACGCAGCUCUUCGGUGACCAAUCACGACCGGGAAAGAGACCGGGAGAGGGAGAGGGAGCCAGAGAAACGGGACUCCUCCAUCGGCAGAGAGGAGAGAGAUAAAGACAGGGAUUCCCUGGAUAAGAACCGCCACUCCAACAGGUCAUCCCCGGCAUCUGUCCCGGGCAGCUACCAGAUCAGCAGCCUUAUCCGUAGCAACAGCCAGACUUCCAGCGACUCCAGCAGGCAGCACAGCGGCAGCACCGAGCGCAACCGGGAGCCAGAGAGGGAGCUCCUGGAGCGGCAGAGGGAGUCGGCGCUCACGGGAGACAUCAAGGUGAAGGAGAGCCGCUCGCCGGGCAAGGAGAUGCCCAUCCAGGAGAUGACCAAGCUGGCCCACCAGCCGUCCUCCCCCUACGGCAAGCCCAUCCUGACAGACACGGGGCUCAAGCUGAAGGACGGGGAGAGGAAAGCGGGGGAGCUGCCCUCGGCAGAGCUGCUCCACAAGGGGAAGAAUGACGUGAAGAUCAAAGAGGAGCGUAAGGAGGACCAGGAGGUGAUGGUGGUGAGCAUGGAGCUGCCCCCCUCCCAGCCACCUGGGGGCGCCCCCACCCCAGCAGCACCCCCCUCGACGGCCUGGGCCCUCCAUCAGCCCCCACGCUGCACGGAGAUGCCCUCCCCUUCAUCUCUCCACGGGGUUCCCCUGCCCCACUCCAUGCCCCUCUCUAUGAGCGGGGUGCACCAGGUCAACAGCCUCGGUGCCCUUGACCGUGCGCGGAUGGCCCCCUUCAUGGGAAUCAACCCCCUGGUUCCCGGGAGAGAUCGCUUGCCCCCUCCGGGCUUCACCUGGGACCCCCUCCGCGAUCCCCUGAGAGAGGCGUACCGCAACCUGGACCUGCAGAGGCGGAUGGACUUCCAGCUGCGGGCGGAGCAGAGCCACCGCUUCCCUGCAAUGUUUGAGCCCGAGCGAGGCUACAGGGACCGGGAGCCCCACGAGUACUCCCACCACGAGCACCUGCUGGAGGCACGGGCGCGGGAGCACGAGAGGCUCCGACAGGCCGAGGAGAGGGAGCGGAUGCACCUGCGCGAGGAGCUGGACCGGGCGCGGCUGCACCAGCUUCACCAGUCCCCCAUUGAGGGCCACCUGCCCCACAUGCCACCCUUCAUGUCCCCCCUGGGUGGGAUGCAUUACCACAGACUGAGCCCCUCGGCCGCCCACAACGGGAUGCUAAACAGGACCCCACCCACUGCCGCCUUGAGCGCCCCUCCGCCUUUAGUGUCCGCGGGCAUCCCCAGACCUGCCUCCCCCAGAAGGACUACACCCCUCACUGCUUCCGAGCCCAGGGACUACUCCCCCUCACGCAAACCCAAAGAAGUGGAAGCUCGAUAGCUUCAACCCGACACGCGCACACGUACAAAACUGACCUUUACAAAUAGAAAUGCACUGCUUUU